UCAUUUCAAUUUAAAUUUUAUUGAGUGAUAAGUCGAGAAGAAAUAAAAAAAUGAAAGUUUUCGUGACAAUUUUAUUCUUGGUCAUCACAGGAUCAUUUGUGAAGAGUGAUAGAGCAGAGGACGACAGUAAUGCAUGCAUAGUAAGAAUGUUGCAAGAGAAAGGAUUAUUAGAUCAUGAUUUUCCACAUGAUGGUCAACCUAGAAUGUGCUUCUUAGUCCAAACUGUAGUUACGUCAUUAGAAAAUGGGUUCUACACAAAAUUUGAUGAAAAAGAGUCAAUUAAAGCAGACUGCGUCAAGACGGAGCUUAAGAAUAACAACUUCGUGUAUCGUGCAAUGAAAAAAGAAAUAAUUGAAUCGUCAAAGAUGCUUUCAAGGGAUGACAUCAAUAAAAUGCUCAAUGAGAACAAAGAGGACAUGAAAAAUGUUUUGAAUGAUGCAGCUAAAGAUUGUCAGAGUGAUCCAACAUGGGCAGGAAUUUUUGACGAGAUUUUGGACAUCACAAACACAUCAAAAACGGUUGUUGAGCAGAAUUAUUGUUCCUUGAAAACAUCAAUUGAUAAAAAACUAAUCAACAUUGGUGACUUUGACAUCAAUCCACACAAUAUUGAUACCAGUAAAAUUGAUUGCGAUAAAAUAAUCGAGGAACUUAAAACUGAAAUUGAUGAAAAACUUAGAAGUGAAUACAACAAAAAAGGACUUUCAAGGAGCAGUGUAGAAUGUGUAAUUAACAACUUCAGAAAUUCUCGUUUCUAUGAAAUUUCAAUUGCAAUUGGUGCAUUGGAGAAAAAUGACAUUGAUUCAGCUGUUCGUGCUGAAAACAAGGAGAAACUUACACCUCAGCUUCAAUCUGGCAUCGCUGGAUUAUUUUCAUGCUUUUUUGGUUGAUAAUCAUCGUUCUUAGUUGAUCCAUAUAGCUGCAUUUGUUGCGCGGGAUCGUAAAUAUUUCAUUUAUUCAGAAUCAAGCAAAUGAAAAUAAAAAAUAAAAAUAAUUUGAUUCUUAU